CUCCAAAAUUCCCAACCCCAUAAAUCCUCACACAAUUGAAACCACUGCAUGAAUCCGGACCUCCAAUGGCGAUUUCUCCUCUCUCUACACUCUCUCUCCUAAUCUCGCUCCUUUUCACCGCCUCCUCCGCGCUCAAUCCGCCGGAGUAUCGCAAAACCUUCAUCGUUCGCGUCCAGCGCGACGCGAAGCCCUCGGUCUACCCCACGCACACUCACUGGUACGAAUCGACGCUGAGAUCUAUCUCCGAUUCCGCCGAUGCGGCUUCCGGACGGGUGCUCCACUCGUACGACAGCGUCUUCCACGGAUUCGCGGCGGAGCUGUCGGCGAUUGAAGUGGAGAAGGUGCGGAGCUCGCCUGGAGUGAUUGCGGUGCUGCCGGAGCAGGUGAGGCACCUGCACACCACCCGAUCGCCGGAGUUUCUAGGGCUGAAGACGGGGAAUAGCGCUGGAUUGCUGAAGGAGUCGGAUUUCGGGUCGGAUCUCGUCAUUGGAGUCAUCGACACGGGGAUCUGGCCGGAGAGGGAGAGCUUCAAUGAUCGGGAUUUAGGUCCGCCGCCGGCGAAGUGGAGGGGGAAAUGCGUUGCUGGUGAGAAAUUUCCGGCGAAUUUGUGCAAUCGGAAGCUGAUCGGAGCUAGGUACUUCUGCAGCGGCUACGAAGCGAGUAAUGGAAAAAUGAAUGAAACGACGGAGUUUCGAUCUCCGCGAGAUUCAGACGGACACGGCACCCACACAGCUUCAAUUGCCGCCGGGAGGUACGUUUUUCCGGCGUCGACUCUCGGCUACGCCCGCGGCGUAGCCGCGGGGAUGGCGCCGAAGGCGCGCCUCGCCGCGUAUAAGGUUUGCUGGAAUGCCGGAUGCUACGAUUCCGACAUUCUAGCGGCGUUCGACGCCGCCGUAGCCGACGGCGUCGAUGUGAUUUCGUUGAGUGUUGGUGGAGUGGUGGUGCCGUACUAUCUCGACGCCAUAGCAAUCGGAGCUUUCAGCGCUUCGGACGCCGGCGUUUUUGUCUCCGCCUCCGCCGGAAACGGCGGUCCUGGUGGAUUGACGGUUACAAAUGUCGCGCCGUGGGUAACUACCGUCGGUGCGGGGACAAUUGACCGCGAUUUUCCUGCAGUCGUCAAGCUUGGGAACGGAAGGGAGAUAUCCGGCGUUAGUAUCUACGGAGGUCCGGCGCUGGCGCACGAUAAGCUCUACCCGCUAAUUUACGCCGGGAGCGAAGGGAGCGAUGGAUACUCUUCCUCCCUCUGUUUGGAUGGCUCGUUAGAUCCUAAUGUGGUGAAAGGGAAAAUCGUUUUGUGCGACAGAGGGAUUAAUUCGAGGGCGGUGAAAGGGGAAGUUGUGAAGAAGGCCGGCGGCGUCGGUAUGAUUUUAGCUAACGGAGUUUUCGACGGCGAGGGAUUGGUGGCGGAUUGCCACGUGCUUCCGGCGACGGCGGUGGGGGCGGUGGCCGGUGAUGAAUUAAGAAAAUACAUCCAAUCCACCGAGAAAUCGAAAUCUCCGGCGAAGGCCACGAUCGUAUUCCGCGGAACGCGGCUCAACGUCGCUCCGGCGCCGGUCGUGGCCGCGUUCUCGGCCCGGGGUCCGAAUCCGGAGACUCCGGAGAUUCUGAAGCCGGAUUUGAUCGCCCCGGGCCUGAACAUCCUCGCGGCUUGGCCCGACAACGUCGGGCCGAGCGGCAUUGCUUCGGACAAGCGGAGCACGGAGUUCAACAUACUCUCGGGGACGUCGAUGGCGUGCCCCCACGUCUCCGGCCUGGCCGCCCUGCUGAAGGCGGCGCACCCGGAGUGGAGCCCCGCCGCCAUCAGGUCGGCCCUGAUGACGACGGCGUACAGCCACGACAGCCGCGGGGAGACGAUGCUGGACGAAUCCACCGGCAACGCGUCCACCGUGAUGGACUACGGCGCCGGCCACGUGCACCCCCAGAAGGCCAUGGAUCCCGGCCUCGUCUACGACAUCUCCUCCUAUGACUACGUCGACUUCCUCUGCAGUUCGAACUACACGGCGAAGAACAUUCAGGUGGUGACGAGGAAGGCGGCGGCGGUUUGCCGGCGCCGGCGCGCCCACAUUGGGAAUUUGAACUAUCCCACAUUGGCGGCAGUGUUCCAGCAGUAUGGAAAGCAUAGGCUCUCCACACAUUUCAUCAGGACGGUGACGAAUGUGGGCGAUCCGGAUUCCGUCUACACCGUGAAAAUCCGGGCUCCGGCGGGGGUGGUGGUGACGGUGGCGCCAGACCGGCUGGCGUUCAGGAGGGUGGGGCAGAAGCUGAAUUUCCUGGUGAGGGUGCGGACGGAGGCGGUGGAGCUGUCUCCCGGGAGCUCGGUGGUGAGGAGCGGGUCGAUCUCGUGGUCGGACGGGAAGAGGGAUGUGAGGAGCGCGGUGGUGGUGACAUUGCAGCAGCCUCUUUGAUCAAGAUUCUUGAAUUGAUCAAGUUGGUUUGGUUUGGUGGUGAUGAAUUGAUGAUUAUCAAUGUGAGGAUGUGUUAAUUAUGAUGAUGGAAGGGAAGAGAAGGGGGAGAGAGGGAGAUCUCUUUCUUGGUGGGAGAAAAAAAGGGUUGUAUGGAGGUGUUGAUGGUGGUGGUGGUGUGGUGGUGAAGAUGGAAGUGUUUUGUAAAAAAGAAAUAGGGGAAUGUUGAUGUUGGUGGAGGUGUACAAGAUUAUAAAAAAAGUGAUCAUAAUUCAUGAUCAUCUUGUGUUUAUGAAAUUAUGUACAUGGGAAAUGCCUUAUUCCAA